AUUGUGUUUAACGUCCUAACGGUGGAGUAGGGUGAACUGCGGCGAUCUUUGCCUUUUGAUGCUCACUACAUAUCGAUGAUCUUGGUAGUCGGGAAAGUCUGACGGGUAGCUGUAUUGCGAUGGGAGGUAGCGUGGUGGUGGAUAAUUGUGCGCAAUGUGGCUUGUUACAAGCUUGCGCCACAAGUGCUUACCGCGGUUACUUGUCGUAUCCCGCGUAUCCUGUGUCCCUGCUUUCGCAAGCCUUCAGUAAUCGCUUUAACCACCACACACGCCAUCGUCUCAGCUUGGCGUCCGCGUAUGCUAUACUUCACCUGCCAAGCCCCUCAAGAUAUCGCUCACGACGAUAUCCGGAUGUCUAUCUUGAGGGAAGAGCAUGUGGGCGAACGCUCCAUCGGUUUGAAGAUACGACGGGAACGGCAGAGUCCUGUCCGAGACUCAGGCCUAUAGCAGCAGCGAGAAUCCGGCUCUUGGUUCGGAGGUAUAGGCUAGGGGUAAAUACAAUAGGACGCGCAUCCCUGUCGCGCGUCGCAAAGCAGCCUCGUUCACAUGGCCUGGAUCUGCCAAGACAGUUCUCAUAGGAUCGAGGUCCUGUGUGGAGUUUCAGGACCAGGGUAUUAUUCUGCUGUGGCGAAGCUGGGCCACAACGUCGCCUGGUUAUUUCGUAAAAAUCGAAUGAUUCCCCAGACUUGGCGCUGCGAGAUGAUGACAUCCUGCGACUUCUGUAAAUCUGUACAACACCAUCAGCACGCAAUGACGAUCGCCAAUCUCUGCGGACACUUGUGACGGCGCCGAUGUUGGUAGAGCACGUCACAUCCGUCCGCUGUCAGCGUAAGGGAACACCAU